AUGAAUGACGCGAGAUUUGAUCCUGAAGACUAUCAAUUUGGACCACGUACUACGGCAGCUCUAGAGCCAGCGUUUCAUGAUGUUCCUGACAGUCCCUCAAUUGAAAACUUGAGAGCUAUACUAAAAACAUGGGAUGAUUGUCAUCGGACUGAGGGUUUUGACCCAAUUCCUACAUUAGUCAGCACUGCUGAGAUUAUUGAGCAAGCAAUUGAUGAGUUCCUCAAACUUGACCCUGAUCCUUUGGACGAUAGGCAUCCUGCUCGAACUCAUCCACAUGCUGAGUUCGGAAAUCUUUUAAAAUUGCUAUUUCGUAAUGAUGAUUUCAUGAACAAACUCGUCAUUUCCUACUUAUUGGGCCGCGAUCAACCAGAUUUAAGUGCUGCUGCUGCACGUUUACUUCUUGACUGUGUGCCAGGCUUAGAUGCUGCAGUUGUGUUCUCUGAGCCAAGCGAUUUUGUACCGCAGCUGUACAUAUGGGCAAAGGAUAGCUCAAAUGAGCUCUUACGGGCCUAUUCUUUGGGACUACUAGCGUCUGCACUUGAAGUGCAAGGAAAUGCACACAAGUAUCGCCCUAACAAUAUCGACCUAUUACCAGUUGCUCUUCGACGGCUCGCAGAAUUGAAAGCUAGAAUGUUUGAAGAAAGAGCUUUAGCGGAGCUAGUCCAGCAGGGCACUCAAAACACUGGACGGAAGGAUGAACACCGUAGCGAUUCUCCUGGUCCUUUUUCCAAUGUAAAUGGCUUUGAUAUGGAAGAGACGAGCUCUGAUGGUCAAGCUGGUUGUGGAAAUUCGAGCAACGAAAACUCGAGAUUGAGCGGAAAGAAGGCUGGAGAAUCUGGUCCGAUUAAUAUGAAUAGGCCAAAAGCUCCUUCACUACGUGUGCAAGUACCGGCAGCGCCCACAAAAGUCAGUCCUGAUGGAUCUCCUCCUCCAAAGAAGAAGAAGAAGAUGUCUAAGAAUGAGAGAAAGAGUCCUGUUGACAUGGCCAAGGUACCUUCACUUGCGUCACUCCAUAACUGGGAAAACAGCAAUAGCACUUGGAACGUGGUACAGCCGUACGUUAUUGGAACUCACAAGAUUUAUCCUUUGUCCGUCACAAUGCACCAGAGACUAGUUCUGCAAUAUUUGAUUCCAACCGGGGAAUAUCAAGAUUUGUUAAAUCUCGCUGUUGAUGGACAUGCUAUGGAUCUCAUACUCGAGUACAUUGAUCUGGAAAGAAUGAACGACGUUCGGUUAACGUUUGACGCGCUUAGAUACUUGACCUCCCUUCUGGUUCACCGGAAGUUUGCACUUGAGUUCAUUAUUCGAGGCGGAGUUGCUGCACUUAUACGUGUACCUCGUGCAUCUAUGGCUUCCGCGGCUUCCAUCACCGCUCUCUAUUACCUCUCCUAUAACGAGGAAGUUAUGGAGAAAGUAUGCCAGUUAAAUGACAAGAUUCUUGAUGAUGUCGUGGAUUAUGCUUUAUGGUGUCUGGAACAUAGUUAUGAAAGUGGAAUGGGAAGCGCUGCAAUGUUUUUCACUCACGGAUUUUACUACAAGCCCAUACUCGAACGAUUUGAUCAACGAGACGGUCUUCGCCGACUUUACAAUUAUAUAUCAACGUUAACUCUGCUACAAGAAGCUAACAAGGAUAAAGUUGACCUUACCGAGGAACAACACCUAACAAGUUCUCAAGCUAUUCGAAAUGCCUGUACAGCAUUUAGAAAUUAUUUGUGUUCCCAUCUUUUCUUGAAAUUGGAGCAAAUUCGUCGGACAGUUGGCAAUCGCAUCCUCCAGGCUGGCUGCAAUUACCCUACUGGUCUUCACAAUAAUCACCCUUCAUACAAGUCAAUGGAAAUGGAUGAGGAGUCUGUGAGAGAUGGUGUUUGGCUACUUACAACAGCUCUUCGUGCUUCAAAUUCGGGUUGGAAACCGGUUGAUGAUGCUAGAAAACUUGGUCUUAUCAAAACUCUCUUCGGGGUAAUUGUACUUACUCACGAACUUGGCCACACUGGAAGAUUUGACACUGCUCUCAACGCGUUGAAAACUUUGUGGCUCUGUUCUUGCCUUCCCAAGGUACAUCAUGAGUUUUGCGAGUCAAUGCGUCUACCAAACGGUAACGACUCGGAUGGGUUCCAGAUUUUGAUGGAGAUUAUCGGCAGUGUUAUUUUGAAUGACUCCGAAAUUAGAAUAGCGGCUCUUAACGUGCUAAUCAACUGCAUAUCAGUACCAGAAGAGAUAUCGAAGAUUUCUCGACUGGAUUCCACUGAGAAGAAGGAGAAGGACAAGGAUGGGCGGCGUAGUAGAAGUGCAUUUAGCAGCCUUCAAACUAAAGAUCAUUGUGAGAAAAUGUGGGCGGCUACACGCAAGUACAAUGGGAUAAAUGUACUGCUCACUGCCAUCCGUGUCAAUAGUCCCAUAGCCGACGCUGAUCAAACUCGUGCUUUGGCUUGUCGCGCAUUGCGUGAGUUCUCCAAAUGGGAGCCCAUACGACAGAUUUUAUCGAAACUACCCUUCAUCACCGGAAACGAGUUGCAAGGUUUGAUGCGGCAACCAGUGAUGUUAGAAAAGCGUUCGGAACAUUUAAAAUUCUGCGAGGAAGCGAGAAAACUAAUAGAAACUGUCACUCAGCGACCGAUGAUUGAUCAGCUAACAAACCCUAAAGAUCUUACGCAAGAUCGUCUCUGGAAAUCCCAUGUUAUAGCAAACACUCGUGUAUCAUAUAACGAGAAAGAACUGUUGCAGUUGAUUCAUGAUCAUCUUGUAAGGAAAGGGCUACAUGCUACGGCGUCCCAGUUAGUGAGCGAAGCCGAUUUGCCCGAUGUCCCUGCCAGUAGAGCUCCGACUACACCAGCUCGACUUCCUCCUAUGCCGCGAACUCAUAGCCUGGCUUUACCACCUUCGCAACCUCGAUCACUCGUUCUUCCUGGAGCAUCGGGUUUGACGUCUACUACCGCUACCUCUGAUGCCUCUACACCUAUAAAUUCUGUUAAACAACGGCUCUUCACUACGAAUGGAAGCACAUCGCAACGCGAGCAAGGUUUUUUAGAGCCAACACCUGGACGAGUGCGCAAGACGAAGUCCUCCAUUACUUUUCCCCAGCGGCUACAAUUAAGAAGUCCAGCAUGUUCUGGAAAUCGAGUGGGGGCGUUAGAGAAAACAGGAUUGCGUCCGUACAAAGGUCUCGAUGACAUUGUUACUGAAUACUUUAGAGUACAACAUUCAAAAUGCUCUCAUCCAGUUACGACAUGCCCUCCUUUUUCUCUUUUUUAUCCUCAUCGAUGCCCUGAGCCGCGGACUAUGGGAUCUGUUCCGGUGAACAUUGUGAAACGAUUCUCUACAAAGGACAUCUUACCAUACAACACCCGGGCUAUGAUACAUUCAAAGGAUGAGAGCUAUGUAUUCAGUCGGUUUCGACCUUCUCGAACGAUAAGUGAACACGAUGAAAUGUACACUAGCUGCGCCUUUUCGAUUGAUGAUGAACACCUCAUUGUUGGAAUGUUUACUGGUGAAGUGCACUGGUUAAACAUGGACUCAGGUAUUGAAGAAUCACACACGAUGUGUCAUUCGAGUGGAAUCACUUCAAUAGUUCCCAGCAAGGAUGGAAACUUUUUGUUGACAUCAUCUGCGUACAUCUCACCUCUUUCUGCUUUAUGGCGACUAGGCGAUCAGCAAGAACACGCCUUCGAUCUACCAGAAGAAUACUUCGUCCAUUUUUCAAAUCUCUCAAGUGAAAGGAUAAUUGGAACAUGUGAUGUUACAGGAUCUCUCUACGAUACAGAAACUGGAAGGCUUCUGAGGAAAUAUCGUCGUGACUCUGUCCCCACCGGAUAUACGCAUAAUCGGGCAUCCUUCUCACCUUGUGACACUAUGAUUCUCAAUGAUGGUGUACUCUACGAUGUUCGCGGACCUGUUGUGCAUAUGUUUGACCAACUUAACACAACCGGAUGCAGUGUUUUCCACCCACAAGGAAAUGAGAUUAUCAUCAACACGGAAGUGUGGGAUACACGCACCUUCCGUUUGCUGCAUCUUGUUCCUAAUCUUGAGCACUGCAAACUCGUCUUCAACAGCACGGGGAACAUUGUUUAUGCUGCUAUGUAUUCUGACUGCGCAGACGUCUUCAGGAACACGUACUGUGCAUCGUUCCGCACAUUUGACACUUCAGAUUAUUCCGUAAUCGCUACCGUAGACACAAAGCGACUUCUUCUUGAUAUAGCAAGUGAUCAUUCGGACCAUUAUGUUGCUGUUGUUGAACGAAUGGGCGAAGGGGAAGUUGAAUACAUGCUAAACAACGAAGAAACUGUAGUUCGGGCUUACGAGGUCGGGAAACGUCGUGAUGCUGAAGACGAUGACGUUGAUGAGGUGGAGGACGAAGAAGGUUCAGACAGUGCUCAUGAUACUGAUUCGUUAGCCGAAGGUCUCGAAGACGGUGAUGACGAUGAAGGCGAUAGCGAAGACGAUGACGAUGAUGAUGACGAUGAAACUGGUGUAUUUGAAGCGAUAGGAAGACUCGAAGCAGGUACUGACUCCGAAGGUUCUGACGAUAACGAGAGUGAAAGUAGCUCAUGGGAGACUGCAUCGAACCAAGACAACGAUCAAGGAAAUGGAGAGGAUGGAGCUGAUGAGCAAGAGGAUGAACAGAUGAACUCUCCUCGCAACAGCGAUGAAAAUGGUAGUGACAAUGGAGGACGAUUUCAAGUCUUCAUGCGAUCUCCCAGGGAAGAACAUCCUACCAGCAGUUCUACGGCUGUAAAUCCCCAUAUUCGUCGACAACGAAGACGGGGAGGAUAA